AGUGUGGGAUUGACAGGCCCAAUUAUUUACUUCCUUUAACGCCGCUGUUCCCUCUCGAACUUUCUGCGGUUUCAGACGAAGUACGAAGUACGAAGAGUGGACCCAUGGCAACUUGCGGGCGUUACUCUGACAGUUUCAUAGAUGAGGAUCCUAGGAGGGCCCUUGAGGAACUAAAUGAAGCAUUGGGAGAGAAAGCAGAUAAUGCUGAAUGGCUCUGCCAGCGAGCUUAUGCCUAUAUUCUGUUGAAAGAGUACACCAAAGCAAUUGAUGAUGCCAAGAAAGCCCAAGACCUGCAGCCAGGACUAGCACUUCCCUUUCUAAGAAUAGGAAUUGCAGAGUAUCACCUACAUAACUUUGUCGCUGCUCAUCAGGCCCUCACAGCAGGAAGAGACCUUGACAGUUCUGUUGAAGAAUUUCAAACAUGGAUGCAGCACUGUGAAACUGAAAUGGCGACACACAUUCCAAACAAAACUUCAGAUUUGCAAACUACAACCCAUGUCAAACAUGAUUGGUACCAGACAGAGUCUCAAGUUGCAGUUACCAUCAUGGUAAAAAAUGCCAAGAAGGAGGGUGUGAUUGUCAGCUUUGGCGAAAGGGAGUUGACCGCUGUGGUAAAGCUUCCAUCAGGAGAGGAUUAUUGUCUGAAGGUUCAUCUUCUUCAUCCUAUUGUCCCACAGCAGAGCACAUACAAGAUCCUUUCAACCAAGAUAGAGAUUAAGAUGAAGAAGACUGAAGCCAUACAGUGGGAAAAACUUCAAGGAGAAGAGACACUCUCCAACGUGAAGCAUUUUACUGCAAGCCAGUAUCCAUCGUCAUCCCACUACACACGAAACUGGGACAAGUUAGUGGGAGAAAUAAAGGAGGAGGAAAAGAAGGAAAAUCUGGAGGGUGAUGCUGCUCUCAACAAGCUUUUUCAACAGAUCUAUUCGGAUGGCUCGGAUGAUGUCAGACGGGCAAUGAACAAGUCUUUUAUGGAAUCAGGAGGCACUGUCCUCAGCACCAACUGGAUAGAUGUUGGUAAACGGAAAGUAGAGAUGAACCCGCCUGAUGACGUAGAGUGGAAAAAAUAUUAAAAUAGGUAGAUGACAUUGUCUAAACUACCAUCACCAGUUUGUCCUUACCCACUUCUUCAGUUGGUCAGACUUCUUCCUUUGUCAGACCCAGAAUAGUUCUGGAAUAAAAUGAGAUUUUUAACUUUUCUCUCUCUAGAAUUAGUUUGUGUUUAACUAAACUAGCCUAUUACAUUUUUAAAGCAUCACACAUUAAAACAAAUCAGCAGCUAAACAUCUGUACUGAAAGUCACUUUUGCCGCUGUUAGGUCUCCACCUGUAUAACAACAUCUGUUAAUUUUGAUCACUGUUUUUAUGUACUUGUGCGUUCCUAAAUAUGCUUUUGACAUGCUGUAAAUAAAUGUUUCUUUUUUUUCUUGCUCUGUGAUUGGGGUGCCCUUGGUCUCUUAUCAAUCUUUUACAUCUUGUAAAGAACUCUUGCAUAUUUUGAAGAAACUCUUUUUCAUUCAGCAAAAUAAAUAAAUCAAUAAAUGCGUUACA